AAUAAUAAUAAUAAUAAGGGAGAGUAUUACUGCUGGAUCAGAGGUUGAAUCAGAGCAGAUAAACAAUAUUCUUCUACAAAUUGAAAAAGCAAAUAAACAACAGACUGUUUACAAUCUUGAUAUGUUCGGACCUGUUACUAACUCUACUUUAGUCAUCGCAAUUCAAGUUCAUCACAGACUUAAUUAUCUCAGACACCUGAUCAUUUCUCUGUCCGAGGCGAGAUCUAUUGACAGAACUUUAUUAAUAUUCAGUCAUGAUGUUUGGAACGAAGACAUAAAUAAGUUAAUCAGAUCAAUUGAUUUUGCCAUGGUGUUACAGAUUCAUUAUCCAUACUCACUUCAAACACAUCCAUAUACAUUUCCAGGAGAAUCGAGUCGAGAUUGCCCUAGAAACAUCAAACCCGACGAUGCCGCUAAGCUAAAUUGUAUAAACAAAGAUUGGCCUGAUCUGUAUGGACAUUAUAGGGAGGCAAAAUUCACACAGACAAAGCAUCAUUGGUGGUGGAAAUCUAAUCAGAUAUUCGGCAACUUAAAGAUUACAGCAGAUUUCACAGGAACAGUUUUGUUUCUAGAAGAAGAUCAUUUUGUAACAGAAGACUUUAUUCAUGUUUUAAAACUGAUGGAGAAGGAGCAGGAAGGAGUAGCUAAAGAGGCCAACAUACUAUGCUUGGGAACCUAUUUGAAGAAAUUUAAUUAUAAAAUUAAUAGUAAACAGAUGGAGUAUUACACAAAGUAUGUGUUGAAAGACUUUAAUAAGCAGGGUUCAGUAAUGGCUGAACUGACGCAAUGGAUGUCUUCUAAACAUAAUAUGGGGAUGGCGCUGACCAGAAAAACCUGGAAUAAAAUUUUACAGUGUACAAAUCAUUUUUGUCGGUAUGACGACUAUAAUUGGGAUUGGUCUCUGCUCCACGUAUCCUUGAACUGUUUGAGGGAUAAGCUUCAAACCUUGAUGGUGAGAGGACCAAGAGUUUUCCAUAUAGGAGAAUGUGGAGUUCAUCAUAAGAAGAAGGAUUGUGCUACCAGCCUAGUCAUGAACAAGGUGAAAUACAUCAUUGAUUCUGCCAAGCAGUAUCUAUUCCCCGACAGAUUAACAAUAGUAGAGAGUGCUGUCAAAAAGAAAGUUAAAUUAAAGAAGGGUAACGGAGGGUGGGGGGAUAAAAGGGAUCAUUCACUCUGUCUCAACAUGACUCUAGGGUACCAGGAUCUCUAGCCAUACUUCCAUACUUCUCCUUGAUACGGAGUCACGUGAUAUGUUUUGUAAAAGAAAAA